UUUUCCUCAUAGGUCACCCAUCGCCUUCGUCGAAAGGUCAUUGACGCGGUGCGGUGCGUAAAAAUCGCAAAAUGAUAACCGGUGUCAUGCAAGGUUAGUGCUCGUUGCCCAUAAUAGGCCUAAACGAGGCUGCAUCAUGUCCAAAAGUUGCCCAAAAAACCUCCCAUUCAACAACCACCGGAGCAACAAAUAGCCAAACCGGUUACCUGCUGCAUAGCAUUCUCUCAAAAAUUAUACAGAUUCCAAUGAGCGCUGGCUACGCAAGUCUCCGCGACUACCACACCGAUUUCUUUAGUCUUGGUUCUACUUUCAAGGAUGUAACAGGUGUACAACUCUGUGCUAGAUCUGUUUGCAGUGUUUGGGUUCAAGUGAUCGAUUGCUAAAAUGAUUGCUAGUUCGUGAAACAUGACCUCGAAGGGCUCCAAGUGCAGAGUCCUCUUGCACCAGUGCCUGGCCAUCAUCGUCAGGAAGGAGGGCUGUCGGGGCGACCCGGGCGACUUCUGGAUGUACGAAAAUGGAUAUCUGCUCUUCCAGGGUUUGCUAUCAUCGAACAGCCUUUGCUGGUGGAACACCGGUCUAAACGGAGCCACGAAGACGCUAACCUAUCACGGCUACAUCAGCCCCGGAGCCAUCCUCGUCGGUUCUGAACCCUGUGCUAUCGACAUCGUCAAAAACGCAUGGGCUAGACGCGUCCUCCAGCCUCCUCCAGGCUACCAGAUCGUGGCUUUGGAGGAUAUCGAGUGUGAUGGUAGUCCGGUUGCCCAGACCCAAUGGACGCCGCUUCCGGAGGCCGUUUGUGCCGUUAUCCUCCGGCUGUCGCGCCAAGGGCGGCCUGCUGGGAUCGAGACCAUCAGGGAGGCCCUCAUCAUGGCCUUCCCCCACGUCUCGCCCCCAAGUGAGCAGGCCUUGUACGACACUCUGGUGCAACUGACCACCGAGAGGAAGUUGUACCAUACCUCCAAUGGGUACUUUAUCGUCACUCCAGAACGGAGGAGGUCGCGGAGCGCGUCACGUGGCCGGAAGCGAGUGGAGGAUCACGACCACGAACCACUUUCCGGUAAAACGAUGCUCAUGAGUACAGAAGAAGCGCUUGUUAUGGUUCAUGGAGACAUGGCCACUAUACGAGACGGUGAUGUUACGCACCAACUCAUCCAAACCAACUUGGCCGACGUUAUAUGUGGAGGGAACUCGAGCGAUAAGAUUCUCUACCCGAGAAGUACCAAACACAGGGCCUCCUCCUUAUCAGUACCACGAAGUCCGGACCGGAGGGGCUCCUUCAGGCUGUGGAGGUCCAGCCGGAGGCUGAGGAGGUCGGCCUCCACGAGGACCAUAGCCAAACACUACGUGGACAACACGAGUAGUAGUACCGAAAAUUCAGCGCCUUCAACGCCAAGUCCGAAAAAAGAGUCGCUUUUGACGCGCCUCUUCAAGAAAACCAAACGCUCCCAGUGCCAAAUCAGCUCAUUCAGUGCUCAAUUCCCGCCAACUGAGUGGUUCAACUCCAAAGCCGUCCAUUUACACAGCAUCGGGACCCAAACCUCGACCACAGAUAAUGAGGUUGCCUCCAUCACAUCUUAUUUGGAAAACUGCGAGAUCAAACCAACACGUUCGGCCACCCUCCCCCGCCGCCGCUGCCGCCAAUACCCCGACCUACCCUACCCCCCGUACCCCCUAUCCCGUGAAAAUUCCCCCGUCACCCGCAAAAACCCCUACAUGCCUUGCACCCUCCCGCGCAACAAGCAGAAAAGCCGCGACUCCUCCCGGAAGACAAGCCGGAGCAGUUCCCGGCAAACCGAGGAGAAACCCGAAAGUGUGAAAACUAGUCAAAAACUGGAAGUUCCCGACAACAGCGGACCCUCGAGCAUCGAGUCGCAUAAGAGCAGCACCAAGACGGAGAGCUCGUUCAACAGCGGGCCCUCCAGUCUCGAGUCGCACAAAACCGUCAUCAACACCAAGGAGAAGGCCAAAAAGACAACCAACAACCGGACCUGCAUCCCGCAAAGCAACUCGUUCACGCUGCAAGUGACGACCAAUCAGGGCGGAAAGCUGAACAACAAGCCCAACGCCACCACCACCACGACCAUCAACGGGGAAGGCGGCAGCAGUACGAAGAUCUUCGUGCAGAAUUCGCCGGUUCGCUCGGUUAUAACCUUCGAGAACGGGCAGUGCGACGACCGCAACCCCAACCUGGUCAUAAUCAACGACACGGAGCCGCGGGAGCAAAUCCCGACGAAAAACACGAACCAGUCCAAAGAAACGACUCUGAACAACUCGAGAGACCUGCUCCCGAACGGCGAGAGCCUCGAGCAGAAGAACAACAGUCGCAAAUUAUCGCUUCAACUUCCCAAUAACCUUAUAAAAAACGUCUCGACGCACAAGUUCGUCUCCAAUUCCAACCCAGACUCGCCCAUCAUCGGGCACGAAGUGCCUAAAGGGGGCUACAACAGCACCCCUCCUAGUCCCACCAAGAGCACCGACGCCCUGUCGAUGUCCUCCAUUGGGAACAUUUACACCAAGAACGAAAUGGGUUCGCUGGCGAGUUUCGAUUCGUGCAAAAAGCUCGAGAAAAAUAUGCUGGGUUCUGAGCCCAAUAUCAGUUUUAAGGACAAUCGCGACCAACAAUUUCCCAGUCUUAAUGACCUUUCGUUUAAUUUUACGAGUUUGGCGGCACAGAAAAUCCUCAAGGGAGUGGGUCUAAAUAGUGUCGAUACGUUGGUUGAGCUGAAUAUGACGGCCAAUUUGGAUAAACAGAACAACUGUGAUGUGGUUCAUACGGAUUUUGGGAUGUUUUAUGACAACGAAUCAAAGCGAAAAACUGAACAACAAGCCCAACACGACAACCACCAAGAUCAACCAUUAACGGGAAAGGCGGCAGCAGUACGAAGAUCUUCGUGCAGAAUUCGCCGGUUCGCUCGCUCGGUUAUAACCUUUGAGAACGGGCAGUGCGACGACCGCAACCCCAACCUGGUCAUAAUCAACGACACGGAGCCUCUGGAGCAAAUCCCGACGAAAAACACGAACCAGUCCAAAGAAACGACUCUGAACAACUCGAGAGACCUGCUCCCGAACGGCGAGAGCCUCGAGCAGAAGAACAACAGUCGCAAGUUGUCACUGCAACUUCCCAACAACCUUAUAAAAAACGUCUCGACGCACAAGUUCGUCUCCAAUUCCAACCCAGACUCGCCCAUCAUCGGGCACGAAGUGCCUAAAGGGGGCUACAACAGCACCCCUCCUAGUCCCACCAAGAGCACCGACGCCCUGUCGAUGUCGUCCAUUGGGAACAUUUACACCAAGAACGAAAUGGGUUCGCUGGCGAGCUUCGAUUCGUGCAAAAAGCUCGAGAAAAAUAUGCUGGGCUCUGAGCCCAAUAUCAGUUUUAAGGACAAUCGCGACCAACAAUUUCCCAGUCUUAAUGACCUUUCGUUUAAUUUUACGAGUUUGGCGGCACAGAAAAUCCUCAAGGGAGUGGGUCUGAAUAGUGUCGAUACGUUGGUUGAGCUGAAUAUGACGGCCAAUUUGGAUAAACAGAACAACUGUGAUGUGGUUCAUACGGAUUUUGGGAUGUUUUGCGGCAGCAGUACGAAGAUCUUCGUGCAGAAUUCGCCGGUUCGCUCGGUUAUAACCUUCGAGAACGGGCAGUGCGACGACCGCAACCCCAACCUGGUCAUCAUCAACGACACGGAGCCGCGGGAGCAAAUCCCGACGAAAAACACGAACCAGUCCAAAGAAACGACUCUGAACAACUCGAGAGACCUGCUCCCGAACGGCGAGAGCCUCGAGCAGAAGAACAACAACAGUCGCAAAUUAUCGCUUCAACUUCCCAACAACCUUAUAAAAAAUGUCUCGACGCACAAGUUCUGCCUAAAGAGCCCUCCUAGCACCCCUCCUAGUCCCACCAAGAGCACCGACGCCCUGUCGAUGUCCUCCAUUGGGAACAUUUACACCAAGAACGAAAUGGGUUCGCUGGCGAGCUUCGAUUCGUGCAAAAAGCUCGAGAAAAAUACGCUGGGUUCUGAGCCCAAUAUCAGUUUUAAGGACAACCGCGACCAACAAUUUCCCAGUCUUAAUGACCUUUCGUUUAAUUUUACGAGUUUGGCGGCACAGAAAAUCCUCAAGGGAGUGGGUCUAAAUAGUGUCGAUACGUUGGUUGAGCUGAAUAUGACGGCCAAUUUGGAUAAACAGAACAACUGUGAUGUGGUUCAUACGGAUUUUGGGAUGUUUUAGAUGGUCUUUUUGCCGGCUUUGGACAAAGUCGGUUUUAAAGGAUUGUAACAUAUGUAUUUUAGCGAGUUAGGUCAGUCAUCGGCUGAACAUGUAUUUAAUAUUUUAUAUACGAUUUUAUGUAAUUAUGCAGAAUAAACUAUUAUAUUUA